UCAUUCGGGCGCCAGCCUCGGAGCCCGCGCGGGCGGCGCCAUGGAGAUGCACAAGAAGAUCCGCCUGGAGCUGCGGAACCGCGCGCCCGAGGAGGUGACGGAGCUAGUUCUGGAUAAUUGCCUGUGUGUCAAUGGCGAAAUUGAGGGCCUGAAUGAUACGUUUCAAAAACUGGAGUUCCUGAGCAUGGCUAAUGUGGAACUUAGCUCACUUGCAAGACUGCCCAGCUUACAUAAACUUCGAAAGCUGGAACUUAGUGACAAUAUAAUUUCUGGAGGCUUGGAAGUCCUGGCAGAGAAGUGUCCCAAUCUCACUUACCUUAAUCUGAGUGGUAACAAAAUCAAAGAUCUCAGCACAGUGGAAGCUCUGCAAAAUCUGAAAAAUUUGAAAAGUCUUGAUUUGUUUAACUGUGAGAUUACAAACCUGGAAGAUUAUAGAGAAAGUAUUUUCGAACUGCUGCAGCAAAUCACUUACUUAGAUGGAUUUGAUCAGGAGGAUAAUGAAGCUCCAGACACAGAGGAUGAUGAUGAUGAUGAGGAUGGAGAUGAGGAGGAGGAGGAAGAUGAAGCUGGCCCGGGAUACGAAGGUGAGGAAGGCUGCGAGGAAGAUGAUGAAGAAGAGGAUGACGACGACGAUGACGAUGAUGACGAAGGCUCUGAAUUGGGAGAGGGAGAAGAGGAAGUGGGCCUCUCAUAUUUGAUGAAAGAAGAAAUUCAGGAUGAAGAAGAUGAUGAUGACUAUGUUGAAGAAGGGGAAGAAGAUGAUGAGGAAGAAGGUCUUCGAGGGGAAAAGAGAAAGCGAGAUGCUGAGGACGAAGGAGAGGAAGAUGACUAGACCAGUGAAAGGCUGGGUCUCCGAUGGGUCUUGGGUAUACAGUGGAGUGAUGACUUACUUCAUGUACAAAUAGCUUACCCUACAGACAAUAAUGUGUAACUUUUUAUAGGAAAAGCUUGGUUUUACUAUUUUUGCCUUAUCAUUCCAAAUAAAAUUUACUAGCCUGUUAAUGAUCAUCUUGUAUGUAGAGAAAAA